UUUUUUUCUGCCCGGGUUUCUUUCUCCCAUGAUCCUGUAUACACUAUACACUUUCCUCCGAUUUUUCUGAUAUCAAAUCAAAGUGAGUGAGAAACAGAAUGUGAAGCAGAAAGAAAAUAAACUGUAUGAUGUAUGAAAAGAAAAACAGUGGCCAGUUGCUCUCUCUCUCUCUCUCUCUCUCUCGCUGCAACUGUGAGUGAAGCUUAUAGAUAGUUCUUUCGUACAUUAAUUAGGGUUUCUCUCCUGUUGUUGAAGGCGACUUCUUCCUCUCAGUAGCAGGGAGUUCUCAUAGAGAGCGGAGAGUUUUGAUUCUUAAAAUUGGUGAGCUACUCCAAAUGGUUGCAGAAGGGAAAUCGUGUCCUCUUUCCAUCUUCAAUGUCUGAUCUUUCGGUGUCUCGAGAGAGAAUGUGAUUUUCAUUCUCUGAGGGGUUUGAUUCGAACGAUGCUUUUUGGAUGGACUAGGGCUUUGAUAUCAAGGUCUUAUAAAUGUCGAAACGCAGAUUACUAUGAGCCGGACGGAAGUUUCGAUAAUGAGGUCUCCCCUGGUUCCUCUUGGAACCCUGAUCGGUCGCGAGCUCAGGAACAGCGAGAAGAUCGAGAAACCUUCUGUUAGGUAUGGACAGGCUGCAUUGGCGAAGAAAGGGGAGGACUAUUUUCUGAUAAAGCCCGAUUGCCAGAGGCUUCCAGGGAAUCCAUCGUCGUCCUUUUCCGUCUUUGCGAUCUUUGAUGGGCACAACGGCAUCUCGGCAGCUAUAUUUGCUAAGGAGAAUCUAUUAAAUCAUGUUAUGAGUGCGAUUCCUCAAGGCAUUCCUAGGGAAGAGUGGCUUCAAGCUCUCCCACGGGCACUAGUUGCAGGUUUUGUGAAAACUGAUAUAGAAUUUCAGCGAAAAGGAGAAACUUCGGGAACAACAGUCACCUUUGUUGUAAUUGAUGGGUGGACUGUGACAGUUGCAUCUGUUGGGGAUUCUCGAUGCAUAUUGGACACUCAGGGGGGUGUAGUUUCUCUUCUGACAGUUGAUCACAGGCUAGAAGAGAAUGCUGAAGAGAGGGAGCGUGUCACCAAAAGUGGUGGUGAGGUGGGAAGGCUGAAUGUUUAUGGGGGAACUGAGGUGGGCCCCCUACGUUGUUGGCCUGGUGGAUUAUGCCUUUCAAGAUCCAUUGGUGACACGGAUGUGGGAGAGUUCAUUGUUCCUAUACCACAUGUUAAGCAAGUGAAGCUUUCGAAUGCUGGGGGAAGACUAAUAAUUGCUUCUGAUGGAAUCUGGGAUGCUUUGUCCUCUGAGAUGGCUGCAAAAGCUUGUCGUGGAUUACCUGCAGAACUUGCUGCUAAGCUAGUCGUGAAGGAAGCACUUAGGUCAAGGGGUCUAAAAGAUGAUACAACCUGCCUUGUUGCUGACAUCAUUCCACCUGAACAUUCUGUUUUACCUUUAACCUCAGGGAAGAAGCAAAAUAUGCUUACUUCACUUAUUUUUAGAAAGAAAUCCCAGAAUUCAAUUAACAAAUUGACAAACAAGCUUUCCUCUGUUGGGGUUGUAGAGGAGCUAUUUGAAGAGGGUUCUGCAAUGCUUGCAGAAAGGUUGGGAAAGGACUUUCCAUUAAUCAAAAACUCUGGACAGUUCAAAUGUGCAAUCUGCCAAGUUGAUGAACCGCCUAGUGAUGUUUUGUCAAACUCUGGGUCGUUAUACUCGUGCCCAUCAAAACCAUGGGAAGGCCCAUUCCUUUGCACGACUUGCAGGACUAAGAUGGAUGCCAUGGAAGGAAAACGGCCAAGCCGACCAAAGGUGGCAACAUAGCAAAUAAGCAACAUUCCCGCUAAUCAUCACCGGUUUAACUGAAUGUACACGUUCUCUGGCAGUUUUUGGUGUGUUUGUGAGGGAAGUGUAUGAGAUUUAUUCACUAUAGCUGAUAACUUAAUUCUUGUGGGUUGAGGUGUUCACUCCUGGUGAGAAUUUACUUGUGUGUUUGAAGAAAGUGAAGAGAGUAAGUAGGUCCUACGAAAAUUUAUGUUGAUUUAGGACUGAUUGGACGACUAACCACUGAAGACUACCAUGCUUAUCUUACAAGUAAUGUGUUCUGAGGGGUUUGAUUGCUAACUACUUGAAUAGUUGAAUUUGUAAGUAACAUUUGUGAUGACACAGUAUAAUUUUUCUAGUGAAGCCCUUCAGUUUUCUAUUUCAUA